CACGUUAUCCUCCAUGACCAAUACUUCCAUCGAUCCCAGAAGAUUCUAUAAGAAGAGCGAUGUCGAAUAUCAUUCAACACGUUGAACCCUCAUGGGUGAUGUCUCUUCACUCUUUAACAGCAUUUGAACUCCAAACCGAUGAUCUGGAUAAUUCACUUCCCUGCGCAUUUGACUCACAGCCUGCGCAUUGACUAAAUUUAUCGUAAAUCGUACACAAAGACAAGAAUGCAAUCUGGGGACCCUCCAACCUUAGACUCUUCGGCUCUUUCUUUCGCUUCAUCCACCACCUCAUCGUCACUGAGCAGGAAAACAUCUGUUUCCUCGCAUACAGAGAUUGAGAUCCCUAUCGCACCCUCCAACGGCUCAUCGGACUUCUUUGAAGUACAGCAUACGAUAGCAAUGAUACACGAGAAUUUGAACGCCUUUGAGGAAAGCCUACGAAACAUAACUAACGGCCAACUCGAUAACAGCGAACUGGACAAUGAACUCGAAGAAAUCCGCAAAGCUCUUGCCCUUAUUAAGGAAGAUCAAGUCCACGGGACUGAGGAGAUAGAUUUGCUCAUGAAAAAUUUCAUCGACGAGAAGGCCUUGGAGAAAAUCAAAGAACAGGUGAACAAAGAAAUAGAAGGCAAUAUGGAUAUGAUAGUCAAGGAGGAAGUUCAAGCGUACCUCCAGAGCUCAAUUUCAUCACAAUUGCAGCAAGAGCUGCGAGAGCGCAAGAAGGAAUUGGAUGAGGUUCAUCGUGAUCUCCAUAAUUCCGAAAGCAAGAGAUUAAACUCUCUCCUCAACGAGCGAAGCAUUAAUGAACCGCUGCACACCAUCUAUUGUUCUGACGGGAAGAUCAGCAAACACUUUCCAAAAACAGUGCAUGAACUCACCAGUUUCGACGCCGAUACCUGUAAGGCCUUGGUUGCGGACUAUGGCAUUGACAGUUCUGAGAGUACUACUAAACGCGGAAAUAUGAAUCGAUUCAUGGUCUUUUGUGGUUUACAGUUGUCAAUGCCUGCCAAUGACUCACGCAAGCCAAAGCCUCAUUAAAGACGAAGGUGGAGUUUGAAUGGAGAGGAAUGGAGUGUAGAGUGUUUUGCCACUGUUGUAUUCGAUGUUAUCAAAAUGUUUUCGAAACUUGUAGAUUAUCA